UCAUAAGGGCUUGUGGUUAUAUUAAAGAUUACAGUGUAACAAAUGAUACAUUAGCAGACUGGAUAUUGUAUUGUUUAACAGCAGACGGUCAACUGUUCAGGGUCAACAGACAACAAAUUUGUAGUCAGCAGCAAAUAAGUCUUUCAGAAGAAGAAGGGGACAUUUUCCAAGAUUUGCUUACAACAAAUGACAUUGAACUUUCUGUAGCAACAGAACAAGUAUAUGUUUUGACAUCAGCUGAUUUAGUACACAACUUUGGCCAAGAUAAUAUCACAUCCAUUUGUGUCUAUGGUAACAAUUUGUUGACAGUUUGUCAUCAUCAAGGCUAUAAUGAACUGAAUCUACUUUCUAUUAAUUUACAUUCUGGUCAAUAUAUAUUAGCCUUAAGGAGAAAAUUUGUGUUAAACUUUCCAAACACCAUCAGCAAUGUGCCACAGGCUUCUAAAAUAUUUUAUAUGGUUGCUGAAUCAGAAAUUCUGCAUGUUAAGUCAAGUGAUUGUAUAAGGAUUUCUAGUUACCUGUUUAAAUCAUUGCUUGGUACUGAGAUUGCAUUAAUGAAUUCAGCAAUUAUUCUAUUUUGUCCUCCAUUUGGAUCGGUUUUUUAUGCACCUAUCAAAUCAAUAGAUGAUCAAAUGGCUGAAACAUGUUUCCAUAAAAUGACUUUAUUUUGCCACACAAGUAAACAAGUUCUUGGAAUUGACAAGAUAUGUUUUCCCACAAGAUGGGAAGAAGAGAAUAGAGAUGAAGAAAAUACAGAGAAAGAAACUGAAAAUCAGGAUGGUUUGUUUCUGGUAACAAAUGAUGGAAAAUGUAUUCUGAUCUCCUCAUGGAGGAACAAUGGAGCACAGUUUGCACCUAUUACUAUACCAGGACCUGUAGAAUGUUUUAGUAUUUAUACAAACACACUGUACCAUUCCAACAGCAGAGAUCUGAUUGAAAGUGAAAUUUGUGCAGAAUGUGAUAAUAAAACUGGAGCAGUAACUGCAUGUAUUGUAAAUCAACAGAGUUUAGGAAUUUUUAAUGUACAGCAAGUGAUAACAGUGCAAGAUCAGUCUUUAGUGGAAGGUACUCCCUGUCUUUUGUUCUACCAAACAAAAUCUGGUCAACAUUGUGUUGUUAGUCCAGGAAAGAUUGAGAAGGAUGCACAACAUUCAGGGGGAGACAACCCUGGACAACAGAUCAAAGAUGUUUUAUUAAAUCUAGAAAAAUGUCAUACAGAAAAAGAAAAAUUGACUGCUUUAGAAAUAGCUCAUCUCACUUUUAUCAGCCAACUUAGUAUUGCUAACUUUUUGAUAUGUAGGGAAAGAAAUGAUCAACUUUUUAAACACAAAUUUUUUCUGCGAUAUUUACCACAUUCGUUUGAGUUUGAAUUGAACUAUGAAUUAACUAAUUGUAGCAAAGUUUACAUUUCAUCAGAUUGGAAGCUUCUUAUGUCAGUUAAGCAUAUAAAAUCAAGUUUAACAAAGUCAAUCUUGUUUAAUCUGCACAAAGGAUUAAAACUAAAUGAAUGCAUUGCAAUCUCAAUGGUUUUACCUGAUCAGAAUGUUUAUCUCCCUUAUGAGGUGCAAAUUCAGCUUCAGUUGGAAAUUCCAAAGGACAUCAUUUUCAAUACAGACUGCCCUGAAAUUUUACCAGUGUUUUUAACUUCAAAAAUUUUAGACAUCAUUUAUUUUAUUGGGGAUGAAAAACACCAGAAAAAGUUUAUGAAUGAAACUGUAUUAGACCAUAAAAAUGUAGUAAGAGACUUAGCUUCAUGUCGACCAAUAUCAAAGAGUCUCUUUAAUGCUGAAGAAAGUAAAGAACUUGUUCAGGAUCCAGUCACACUACUCGUACAUAAAUCGCAAGAUAUACUGAACUUCAGAGAUAUCAGAAGAUUUGGAAAAGAUGAACCUGCCAUAUUGAAAUAUCUUCUCCAGGACAGUAGCCAGAUCUUUGAUAUCAGUGUUAAAGCUAUUACAUUAUCUGUCUGUGGUGGUAGUAAAGUGCAUAUUGAUGUCAGUAUAGAGAACCAAAUAGUUAUCUCCCUUCAGUCCACAGACCUACCAUUAUGUACAGCCAUCAGACUGGCCAUAUUAGACAGGUUACAGGGUCUUGACAAGAACGAAGAAAAAAGUUUCAUCAUGACUUCAAUUCAAACAAAAUUAAAACUUCAUCAGGAAUUACUGAAGGAACUUCAACAGCUGGAGGAGAAAAGUGUUAAAACUGGUACAUCAGAUGAGUGUAGGAGAACAAUACUGGACAUUUACACAAAGUUAAGACAGAUUCAUACUUUGAUUUAAUAAAAUCAUUUUUAUAUAGAAUUUUUGGUUUAUUUUG